ACGAAGAAGAACUAAGCCGUGUCCCAAUCUGAACAUACCGAAAAAUAGUUUUGUGAAAAUGACGCUAAUUGCGCCUAUGUAUGUGGUGAUGUAAUAAGUAGGCCAGUGUGUGGUUUGGGACUGGUCACUCUUGUGACCCACUGUAUGUUGUCAAGUAGUGCUGUUUUGGGACUGGUCACUCUUGUGACCCACUGUAUGUUGUCAAGUAGUGCUGUUCGAGUCAAAUUUUAGAGUCGACUCUGACCUGUGUUGGGAAUUGAUUGAGUCGAUUCCUGAAUUCGAUUCCUGAAUCAUCUGAUCAUUGAUAUUUUGGAUCUUGUCAGAAGUAUAAUUUGUUGAAGAUGAGCAGAUGAAUUCAGCUGAUGGAUUAACUUACCUGAUGGGAUCCCUUAGUAAGUUGCGAAAGCCAUAUAUAAGUGGUCCGUGCAUGACUUUGAACAGGAUCAAUUCCUCUGUGCAGAAUCGACUCAUUUUAACCGACUCCCAGCCUCACUGUUUGGUGGCGUUUAUGCUAGCAGGAAACGUGUAUCAAAUGUGUAUAUUUAAAGCAAACUCAAGAUGAACACGGCUUUAAAACAUUGGAAAGAGGCGGCCACUCUGAUUUUAGCCGCUGGAACAAAGUAUAAGCGAAGUGUUGAGUCUUUGUGGAGAGAAACACCUUCUGGUUUGCAAAAUCUACCUCAAAAUACAGCAUUCGACUAUGAAGUCCUGCUGCUGAAAAGGAGUGGGAAAAGUGGCUUUAUGCCCAACGCUUAUGUGUUUCCAGGUGGGAUAGUGGAACCGUCCGACUUCUCCAGUGAGUGGUUGGAGGUUUUUAAAGCUUUCAGACACUUGCCGAAGUUUGGCUUAGCGACAGUGAAGCAGCCGCUGGAGACGAGACCGCCGAUAUUCGCGACUGACCGUCAGCAGCUCGGGUCUCCCAUACCGGGGGACAUCGCUUUCAGAAUCUGUGCAGUGAGAGAGACGUUUGAGGAAUCAGGGGUACUGUUAGUGGUGCCUAGUGAGGACAGAAGCACACUGAGCACUGAUAUCAAUGGGGACAAUGACAGUUGCGUCACUCAGUCGGCGCCUACAGCAUUGCCCGAUCGGUGGGACAAAAGUCUGAUCGCUAAAUGGAGAUCGCUGGUCCUCGAGAACUCGUCGAAUUUUAUUCGGAUGUGCAAAGAGCUCGAGUGUUUACCCAACAUCUGGGCUCUGUACGAGUGGGGAAACUGGCUCACUCCCAGUGGCCGGUCUGUCCGGCAGAGAAGGUACGACACGGCCUUUUACAUGUGCUGUUUGAAGGACAUCCCGAACACGCUGCAGGACCAGAAGGAAAUCGAGCAGUAUAAGUGGUCUACGCCACCUGAAAUACUUCACAGCUACCGGGAAAGAGAAGUUUGGAUUGCACCACCUCAGUUAUAUGGCAUUGGACAAAUGUGCAAUGUUCCUUUACUAAGUGACCUUCACAACUUUGCCAAACAGAGAUCAGUAGAAGGCUGUGAGCAGUGCCUACCUGUUUUCUUGAAGGCUACUGACUGCCACAUAUCACUCUUACCAGGUGACAGUUUGUACCCAGAGAAACCUGAUAGCACAAUGUCUACAGAGAAGUGUUUGGAAGAACUGCAGAAGGACAGUCCAAAUCUGCAUCGCAUUGUGAUGCACAAUCCUUACCAGAGCUCUGUUUAUAUAAACAUCAUACCCAAGUACAAGCAUCUAGCACCUAUUACCAUCUCUGAGUCCGAGCAUGACAGCAAGCUCUAACACAGCAUUCGUGGCAGUGGCCUAUGGGUACAAUUAACCUAAUAUAGAUGGCUAAAAGCUUUACAGAUGGUUUACUAUUGUAAAAUUUGAUUUAAAAGUGACUAAUUCAGGAUGUGAUGUUGAGUUCAGUCACCAAGCAAAUAAAGUACACCAACAUGCACAAUGUUCAUCUGA